AUGCCUACUCAAAAACUAUUACCUUUGGUCUCAGGAUCAUCAAAUCAACCAAACAACCAAAACUCAUCCAUUCCAAAAGCAUUCAAUAUCAAAAUCCCUCUAGAAAUCCAACAAAAAUUGAUCAAUUCAAAUUCAAAUUUAAAGAUUAUAGUCUCCAAAGGUGAAUUACAAUUAAAUAUAAAUGGACAAAUCUAUAAAUUAAACAAAUUACAAGAAUAUAGUAAAGUUGAUCUUUAUAAACAAUUUUCAAAUUCAACUUUUAAAUCCAUUGGUACAAUUCAUUCAAAAUUAACCAUAUCUCAAACCUCAACUCCCCCAGUACCACCACCAACAAAGACACAUACACCACCAAUACAAUCCCAUUCAAGAAAUAGAUCAAAUGGGUCUAAUAACACUAAUCCCAAUAAUAAUACAUUAAUAGCUUCAGGGACCAAGAUAUCUGCAAUCACCAAGAAAUUGGUUCAUCUUUUAGCAUUAGGUCCAAUAAGUAUUGAAGAUAUGGUUCAAAGGACCAAAGUGUCCAAGAAUGAUGUAGAGAGUGUUCUUAGAUCAAUAUCCAUGGUUUAUUCACCACAGAAGCAAAAACAAAUCAUUAAUAAAUAUCCAUAUGAACCGGAAAAGAAAGAAGAGGAGGGUGAGGUUCUUUAUGUGUUGAAUUAUAGUAAUUAUAAGGAAUUGAGAUUAAAUGAUUGGAAAUAUUCAAUGGAGGAGUUGAAACAGAUUAAGGAGAAUUGUAAAGCUGUUUAUAACCAUUUGAAUUAUCCAAGUUCACAUCCUGCUAGGUUAGUUUUAGAUCCAAAGGAAAAAGAGUUGAAGAGUGAAACGCAAAGGCCCACUGAACCAAAGCGGGAGCCAAAGGUGGAGCCAAAGGGGGAGCCAAAAGGGGAGCCAAAAAGUGAAUCAAAUGGAACCAUCCCUGAACACAAGAUUGAUCAACCAAUACGGAAGGAACCAGUAUCAUUAAAGCGUAAAAGAUCAGAUGAAGAAGAUAUUGAAUCUUUACAAAAUUUGGCUAAAAAAUUCAAAUCUAAAUAUAAAGAAUAUGAAACGUUAUACAAAGAGAUUAUUAAAAAUCCAAAUCAUGAAAUUAAAUUAACAAAAUUAUAUCAAAUGCAUAAAGAUUUAGAAGUUUGGAAAAAACAACUAUGGAAUUAUAAUGACAAUAACAACCAAUCAUAG